CCUGUGUAUAGAUUCAUAUAUAGUUAAUAAUUUACUGAGAGAUUUCGAGAAGCAAGUAGAGGGAAAACGUCAAAGAAGAAAGCAAUGAUGACUCUCAAAGACUUCCAUGGCGGUUCCAUUCCUUACGAUCUUCGUCUUCCCUUUGCACCUGGCUUGUGGGUUCUUUCUACCUAUUUGCUGCUUCCAUUUCAUUAUUGCUUAUACGGGAAUAAGGAUACGUGUCAAGUCUGUUUUUGUAACGUUAAUUUGGGAAAAUGUCGUUUUUUUUUGUUGGUUUUGAGUUCAGUACUAUACUUAUUCAUUUGGUCUCAAUUCAAGAUCAUUUUUUUUAGUUGAAUUUUGUACCCAAUAAAUUGUAGUGUCAUUUCCCAUUAAUUCCUUGAGUUCGAGUUUAUUUGUUUAUUUAAUUUACAGGAUUGUUUAGUGAAACUCAGUGCUUCUCUAGUUCUAUUUUACAUAAAUUGUCUAGAUCUAACUUCUAGAUCCCUUGUAAUGUAAAACCGAUAUGAACUUUAAAUUAAUUUAUUUAUGUAAAGUAUGUGGUGGGCGUUUAAUUUACUCUGUAAAUCAGAACUGCAAAGUACAUGAUCUGGAUCAGGGAGGAAUAUACGACCAGAGAUUGCUCUUCAGGUUUUUUCUAUGCCCAUACUGGAAAUGUAGGAAUAGAAACUUCUAUUUCGCUGAACCUUACAUAAAAGUCGUGGGUUUAGUUGUUCGAAGUGACUUUUAUUAGCCAGUCUAUUUAUAAGCAGUGCUGUUGGUUUUAGUUUGAGGGCUUAGUUAUACUUGAUUAAUAUAUAUUUUUGGACACUAAAAAGUGGGAUUCUUCGAUUUCGACUUCCUUUUGGUACUUGCUGUUGAUUCUGAACAAAGUUUUAGUGGAAGAUUGGAUUAUUUAAGUCCUAUGAAUAAGAGGAUGAAGGAUAACAAAAGGAGCAAGAAGAGUAGGAGAAACAAGGAUUCAAAGGUUAAACUUCUAUGGGUUAUUUAGCUUAGAUAAGAACUGGAUGAUAACAAAGUCAUCAUUUAGAGAAUUUUUGGGAAGUGUAUAAAUGGCUGAAAUUAUAAACAGAUAGAAAUGAGUGUUGGAUAAGUUGUAGUGCUUGUGGGUCCCUCGAAAUGUAUGAAUAAAAAGUAACUUGAGUGUUAAUAAAUAUUUUAUAGAGUUGAGAAAAACAUUUGUUUAGUCUGAUUAUUAUUAUUACGGGCCAUUGAUGAAAAUCAGCCUCAUAGGGUUUGCAGUCAAUCAUCUGAAGAGAUAUAUGUCUCUCUUUUACCAGAAAGCCUAUGUAUGUGCAAGUUCUUUACUUAAUUCAUCUAAAUACAUUUGCAAAAUAUGUUGUAUGCCUGAUAUCACUGCAGAUUACGUGUAAGUGCUCCGGAUGGGGAUGAUCAUGAAGCUGAAGAAUAUAAACAUAGAAUCAAAUUUGAAUUUAAGGAAAGAAAGCUUGAAGAAACUUUGGAAUAUGAGAGAGAUUGAAAAUGAGGCAAAACAGAAGCAUCACAUUGAGCGACCUAUGUCUUCAGAAAAAGAAAUUGAUGAAGUUGGUCACCUGAGAUCUAAGCACACUCUCGAUGGGGACGCAGAGUUGCAACAAAAAAAGCUUCUUGAAAUGGGUGAAUUGGACUGUUCGUCACGUGAACUCAUAGCCGAUGGCAUCAAUGUAAUAGAUACAUUCCCUGGUCUGAAAAAUGAACUAGGUGAAUAUAAUUGCUUUGUCAAUGUCAUAAUACAGGGAAUCUUUGUAACAGCCAAAAAGGACAGGUAUAAUAUCCGCACAAAAUUGAAAAUUUAGGGGCUCAUUUGAGGAUUAAUCCACCUUCUAGGCAUUUGAUGGUUGGAGGCAAUCAACAUGGAGAUAGCAAUGAGGCUAGGAUUAAUGAAUUGUUUUUUGUUUUAAAACACAACUUUGAAUUUCAAAUAUAGUUGUUAUGUUGGAAUAAUAUUCUUGCUUUCAUUUUUCGCUACUACAUGGUAAAACCUAAAUUUAUUUACUUAUUGACGAAAAAUAAAAAUUAUUUCAUGUUCUUAUUUUAGUUCUUAUGAAAGAAUUAAGUUUUAUUUAGUGACACUUGGAUAGUCAAGAAUUCGGGCCAUCAUAGCAGGGCACUGACGAACAGCAGCAAAAAUGGAGGAUGGAAGAUGCUAGUAUAGGAAUGUUGACAUCAGAGUUGUUGAAGCUAAUUUUGUACUAAAAUUGACUUAUUUGGUUAAACUAUUGAA